AUGGGAAUUCCUGCUCACAUAUAUGCAAAGCUGUUCUAUUUGCCAACACAGAAACAACCUCAGUGGCCUGUCACCUGUCAGAUUGCGGCAAUUCUGCUGACCGGAGCUUUCCUCUUUGGUGGAGUAAAAUGGAUCGAAAGAGCAAAUCUGGUGCUCGUCCCAAUUCUGUUAAUAAUCUUGAUAUUCACAUUCGGGUGGUCACUAACACGUCCGCAUGCUGAAGUCGGGAUAAAAUUUCUCUUCACACCGACUUGGGAAAGUUUCGCUCAACCAGGCCUAUGGAUAGCAGCCGCGAGUCAAAAUGCAUUCGACACGGGUGCUGGUCUCUCCGUGCUUUUCACCUACGCAACUUAUAUGGGUCGGUCAGCAAGCAUAACCAAAUACAGUCUGUUCAUUCCAAUUAUGAACAAUCUUGUAAGCUUAUACGCCUCAAUAGCGAUAUUCUCCACGGUAUUUUCGACCCUCAUUGGUGAAGAUGGAGCAAUUACACGCUCCGCUAUCUUGCAGAUUAUGCAGCAGUCUGGACCAGGAAGCACGGGUCUCACAUUCACAUGGAUUCCUGUAUUGUUCUCGAAUUUCGGCACGCUGGGACGAGUUCUGUGUGCGCUUUUUUUUCUGUGCCUUAUAUUUGCCGGUCUCAGUUCACUACUGGCGAACAUCCAGGUGUACAUAUUGGCAGCUAAAGAGAUAGGAGUACCGCAUCGGAUUGCAGUAACUAGCAGCCUGCUUGCCUGUUUUGCCGUCGGUCUACCAUCAGCCAUCAAGCUGGAGAUUCUAGAAAACCAGAUCUCAGUGAAAUGA